CACUCAUCGGCGCUGGAGAUCUGAACGGCAAGCUAUUUAUAUAAACCAGGCCUAGCUUCAAGCUGGGCGCACAGAUUUAGAAGGAGCAGUUGUCAUAUUUUAAGUAUUAAAUGCGUGUGGUAUGAGCGCUACGCUGCCUUGGACCAGCAGUUUGUGAUAUUCACGACACAUUAACAGAUCAUCUGCUUAAGCGUACAGAGGGGCUGAGCCAUGGACGACUUGGAUCACAACCUCAGCCUCGCGGAUGCCCUAACAGAGCCGCCACCGCAGAUCGAGGAGGAAGUGAAACGGGAUUUCAUGGCCACUCUGGAAGCUGAGAAAUUUGACGAUGUGGUGGGAGAAAAAGUCGGCAAGACGGACUAUGUCCCUCUUCUGGAUGACGACGACAUGAAGGCUGGGAACCAGGAGGCGAAAACCAGGCCCCACGUUGGUGGUGUCCAGGCGGAACGUACUCCAGCUACUGGACCUGCGGCUGUGGUAGAGAACGGCGAUCAUGGGAUAGAAGGCAGCAGGAAGGUGCCCCCCGGAAAAAUCAUGGAUGAUCAGAUGUCUUACAAGGAAUUUCUGGACCACAACGUCUCGUGGAAGAUGGACGAAAGGGAUCGUCGUUUCGACUCUCAGCUAGGAUUUCAGCCCACAGAUGUGUCCGAACCUUUUAAGAUGCACCGUGAAGAUGUCCUGUCCGACCUGCUGCUGCUUCCUCAGGAGAUGACGAGCGUGCCUGCUUUCGGGGACUAUUUUGGAGCUGCGAGUGAAGUCCAUGUGCCUUUUGGAGCCUCGGGGGUCCCCGAGCAGCCCCCCCUGGGGCCUCCACAUUCUCCUGCGAACGUUUUUGACCCGUUGGCCUUCCUGGGCGAGGAGCUGGGUGCAGAAGCUCUGCUGAACCAGAACGAAGCAGUACCUGCAAGUGAGAUGGGACUUCCUGAAGAUUUCUUGUUGGGAGCUCAGCCUUUGGCGCAGGGAAACCCCUUCUUUGAGCCUCCAGCACCCAGCAAGAUCCCCGAAGCGGCCGAGAUGCACUUACCAGAAAGCACCGGAAUUGGUUUUAUGGACUUCCCAGGAGAGCCUAAACCGCCAGAGGCGACACUGUUGGCUCCAGUAGGCAGUCCUGCCCCUGCAAUGGAAGAGCUGAUGGGAUUUGAACCUUGGCUGGACCAAAAGUCUCUUCCUCCAAAAGAAGCACUAUUAACCUCUGCAGAAGCCACUGUGUCCAAAGAUCAAAAGACAAAGGCCGUGGAUUCGGCAGGUCCCACUGCAGACAGCCCUGCGCUGGAGAAACUGGAGGAGAAGAGGGACUCGCCCGACCGGCACAAGGAGAAGGACAGCAGCAGCCCAUCUUCCAGCCAGCAGGCAGAGGAGCCAGCCAGUAAAUGCAGUCAGAAGGUGAGCGAAAGCAAGGCAGAAGAGGCAGCUAAGCCUCCUCCCAGCCUGAAGGCAGAAGAGAAGAAGCCCUCUCUCGCCCUUCAUACGGAGGCAGGAGCGAGUGAAUGGCCUGCCCAGAAAGUGGAAGAGAGCAAGAUGUCUCCCAGCCAGAGGACAGAGGAAAGCACAGUUUCUCUCGGCCAGCCUGCAGAGGAGGCAGCCAGUAAACCGCUCGUCCAAAAAGCAGAAGACGGCAAGCCUCCUCCCAGCCAGCCUGCAGAGAAGGCGGAGCCGAGCCAGGCCCCGCCUCCCGCUCAGCCCUCGGAAAAGCAAGAGGAGAAGAAGGCCCCCUCGUCUCCCAGCCACCCUGCGGAGCACCUUCCCGUGCCGGAGAAGCUCGAUGAGAAGAGCAAGGAAACCCCCGGCAAACCAGCCGAGAAGCAAGAGGAACAUCAGCAGCCGCCGGCCAAACCUGCGGAGCAUUUCCCAGAACCUGCCGAGUCCAAGGAGCUUGCGCCUUUGGGAGAGCCCAAAGCAGAACAAAAGGAACCCUUCCCAGCACCGGUGGCUCUCGACGUCUCUGGAGCAGAUAAGCCAAAGGAAGUUCCUGAGUCAAGCGGUGGCCAGCCUGUGGAGCGACCCCCGGAGAAAGCCCCUCGGGACCCUGAAGCAAAACCAGAAGACUUGAAGGCAGCGUCUGAGGUGGUGACAACGAACGACAUUGCGGCCCCUCCCAACAAGGAGCUUCCACCAAGCCCUGAGAAGAAACCCAAGUCAUCAGCCUCUACUCCAGCCAAGCCUCCGGCAGCGAAAACUAAGCCCGUGUCGGCUACCGCUGCCCCCACUAAGCGGCCGGCUUCUACCACUCCUGGCCAAAACAAAAAAGCCACCAGCCCGACAGCAGGUCCGACUGCAGCCACCACCCCCAAACGCCCUGCGACCAGCGCCACGCGACCCUCCACCUUAACUCCUAAAGACUCUAAACCAAAGGGGACAGAGGCCAAGAGUGCAGAGAAGAGAGCCUCCCCUUUGAAGGCACCGUCUGCUACAACCCCUCGGUCUAGUGUGAAGAGCAGCCCCGCCACUCCCAGGCCAGCGACGGCUUUAGCCAGCACAAAUGCAGCCUCCAGCCCCAGGAGUGCAGCCGCCUCCCCACCCAAGAGGCCCUCGACCAUCAAGACGGAUACAAAGCUUGCCGAUGCAAAGAAAACCACUGCAAAGUCACCGUCAGCUGACUUGAGCCGCCCAAAGAGCGCCCCUGCCUCCACCAUUGCCAAACCCGCCUCCACCACCCCAACGGCCGGAGCUGCCGCCAGCCGGCCCAAGCCGACGGUGCCCAGGCUCUCCGGGACGGGAAGCGCGACAGCCGCCGAGCCCAAGAAGGCGUCCACGCUCAAAGCCGCCCCCAAGACCAGCCCUGUUUCCAAGCCCCCUCGGCCCCCGACCAGCGUGUCCGCUCCCGACUUGAAGAACAUCCGCUCCAAGAUUGGCUCCACGGACAACAUCAAGCACCAGCCGGGCGGAGGAAAGGCCAAAGUAGAGAGAAAGGCAGAGUCAGCCGGGGCUGCCCGAAAGCCCGAACUCAAUGCAGUAUCUAAAACAGCUGUAACAAAAGAGGGUUCCCCAAAGCAACCCAAUGGGAAAGUCCAGAUAAUCUCCAAAAAGGCCAGCUACAGCCACGUCCAGUCCAAGUGUGGGUCCAAGGACAAUAUUAAGCAUGUCCCUGGAGGUGGGAACGUUCCAAAUGCCCAAAGGCCAGCUUCGGGCAACCACUCCCGGCCGUCCACCGGCCCCAAGGCCAACCAGGGCAAAACCGAUGUGCAGAUCCUGAACAAGAAGAUUGAUCUUUCCAAAGUGUCCUCCAAGUGCGGCUCAAAGGCAAAUAUCAAGCACAAGCCAGGAGGUGGAGAUGUCAAGAUUGAAAAUCAGAAGUUGAACUUCAAGGAAAAGGCCCAGGCAAAAGUGGGCUCCCUGGACAAUAUGGGCCACAUGCCAGCAGGGGGCGCUGUGAAGACUGAGGGGGGCGAGGAGGCAGCCCCACAGAACGGAGCUGCGCCCACGCCCCUGCCUGCACAGGAGAAUGGCGUGGGGCAAGCCACGCCCGCUCAGGGUGGUGGUGACCAAAUGGAAAUUCAGACCUUCGACACUCACAUACAAGAAACAAAUUGAGUCCCACAAGCUGCUCUUCCGUGAGAAGGCCAAGGCCCGCACGGACCACGGAGUGGACCCCACCGCCUCUGACCCCCCCGUCUUCCCUGGCGGCCCCUCCCCUCGGCGCAGCACCUCCGUCAGCGAGAGCCUGGGCUCCGUCGCCUCCGUCGCCUCCUUGCUGCCGCCACUGCUGCCGCAACAGCGGGCUUCCCUCCCCGAAGGGACACCCGCCGCCCUCCCGCAGGAGCAGC